AUGGAUGGCCCUGCAGAUGGUCUGGACCUUGUUUAUCCUUUACAAACCCCAGAAGCAAAUCCCAAAGCUAAUAAUGCAGGAUCUUUAGCAUUUGUGUGCCAGGUUCUCCUUGAAAGUCUUCAUGAUCUUGACUCUGAGAUCGAAAAAGUAGACUCCUUCGGCAGAGCAAACAGUGCCACAAGUAAAUUCAAGGCACCGUGCCUGUGUUUCGAGAAAAUUGGAGUCAUCACCGGGGAGCCAAGAUGGAACUUCGAGAUCGUCACCAAGGAAGACCCAUGCAGCUUCUACGAGCAUGAGAUCACCAUGCUCUGCACGGACCAGCAGCCGCGCCACCGUCGCGCGUCCCAGCGCCGCGACCGGGCUCCAAGCUCCGUAGGCCGCCUUCUCACGUGCGACGUGGUAACUCACGACCUCCGGGCCGUCCCCGACUCCCGCCACCACUCAAGUGGUGUCGUACAUCAAAGAGCAGACUGGGCCAGCAUCCAUGAGAAGAUAUGCCAGCUCCUGAUUCCGCUUCGCACUCCCAUGCCCUUCUACAAUUCAGAGGAAGAACGACAGCAUGGCCGGCAACAGUUGCAGCAGCGGCAGAAGUAUUUGAUUGAAUUCUGCUACACUGUAGCCCAGAAAUAUCUCUUUGAAGGAAAGCAUGAAGAAGCUGUUCCAGCAGCACUGCAUUCUCUUCGCUUCCGUAUGAAUGUGCAUGGCCUCAGCUCAGUGGAGCUUGUGCCCGCUUACCUGCUGUUAUCAGAGGCUAGUCUUGGACUGGGUCGGAUCGUCCAGGCUGAGGAAUAUCUCUCCCAGGCCCAGUGGACUGUGCUCAAAUCAACUGAGUGCUGCAAUGCCACCCACUCUUUAUUGCAUCGCAACCUGGGACUUCUCUAUAUGGCUAAAGAAAACUAUGCAGAAGCCCGUUACCAUUUGGCCAAUGAUUGCAAGCUUCAUGAGAAGGUGAAUAUUUAUCCAUCACUGUGCUACAGCUUUGGUGCUGUAGUUCACAAGUAG